AUGUUCCCCUUGCCCAUGUUCACGCCGGAGCAGGUGGCGCGGGUUUGCGAGAACCUGGAGGAGACCGGCGACAUCGAGCGGCUGGGCCGGUUCCUGUGGUCGCUGCCGGCCGCCGUGCCGGGCUCCGCCGGGGAGGCUUUGGGCCGCCACGAGUCCGUGAUGCGCGCGCGGGCGCUGGUGGCCUUCCACGCGGGCAACUUCGAGGCGCUCUACCAGAUCCUGCAGAGCCACCGGUUCACGCGCGAGUCGCACGCCAAGCUGCAGGACCUGUGGCUGGACGCGCACUACCGCGAGGCCGAGAGGCUCCGGGGGCGGCCGCUGGGGCCCGUGGAGAAGUACCGCAUCCGAAAGAAGUUCCCCCUCCCGCGCACCAUUUGGGACGGAGAGCAGAAGACCCACUGCUUCAAGGAGAGAACCCGCAGCCUGCUGAGGGAGUGGUACCUCCAGGAUCCGUACCCCAACCCGUCCAGGAAGCGCCACCUGGCCCAGGCCACGGGGCUCACGCCCACUCAGGUCGGGAACUGGUUCAAGAACCGCCGCCAACGGGACCGCGCCGCCUCCGCCAAGAACAGGCUGCAGCAGGACCCCGGCCUGCUGCCCUCCGAGGGCUCGCCGGACGGCUCCCUGCCGGAGCGGCGGCGGCCCCACCUGCCGCCCAACUCCCCGGAGAACAGCGACUGCAGCACGGAGAACGAGCGCCGCGGCGCCGGGGGCGCCUCCACGCCGGAGAUAUCCGUCAGCAGCGAUAGCGAGUUCGAGCCCUAA